UGACUUCUCAGUGUUGUAACCAUUGUUGCAAUCUGGUUGCUUUUUAAAGGAGCUUUGUUUGAGUGUGGGACCACCCAGACCUUCAGUGGGGCUCCCCCCUCCUACCAGCAGGGAGAGGAGGAAGGGAACUGACCCUGACUCAUGACCGUGUACCAGGCGUGGAACCUAGUGCUGAAAGAGGCAGGCCAGGGACAUGCUUUUAAGAAGCUUCUAGUCAAGCGGCGGACACACUCACUGAACAGAGAACCUCUCGUUGGACUCCAGUUGCUUUUCCUCUCCACCUGUGAAUUUCCUUCAAGAAUUGCCAAGCUAUCGGUCCAUUGCACGCAAGAGGACGACCAUUCCUACCCGAGAGAAGCAAAGUGGCACUUUGCUAAAGCCGACAGACUCUUACAGCUCCCAGUUGGAGGGAGGAAUCACUGAAAACCUCAAUAGCCAAUCGAUUCGGAAGUAUGCACUGAACAUCUCUGAGAAGCGGAGGCUAAGGAACAUUCAGGAGACCCAGAUGAAGUAUUUAUCUGAGUGGGACCAGUGGAAACGGUAUAGCAGCAAGUCUUGGAAGAGGUUCAUAGGGAAGGCUCGCGAGAUGACGACCCACCUGGAGCUGUGGCGGGACGACAUUCGCAGCAUAGAAGGGAAGUUUGGCACUGGGAUUCAGUCCUAUUUCUCCUUCUUGCGGUUUCUGGUGUUGCUGAACUUGGUGAUCUUUCUGAUUAUCUUUAUGCUGGUUUUGCUCCCCGUCUUGCUCACCAAAUACAACAUCACCAACAGUACCUUUGUGCUCAUUCCGUCCAAAGACACGGAUGUUCAAUGCACAGUGUAUCCAAUAAGUAGUUCUGGACUCAUUUACUUUUAUAGUUAUAUCAUAGACUUGCUCUCUGGCACUGGUUUUUUGGAGGAGACCUGCCUCUUUUAUGGACAUUACACCAUUGAUGGGGUGAAAUUUCAGAACUUCACCUAUGAUCUGCCCCUGGCUUAUUUGUUAAGCACGAUUGCCUACCUGGCCCUGAGUCUUCUUUGGAUAGUGAAAAGGUCAGUGGAAGGGUUCAAAAUCAACCUGAUCCGGAGCGAGGAGCACUUUCAGAGUUACUGCAACAAGAUCUUUGCUGGCUGGGACUUCUGCAUCACCAACCGUAGCAUGGCGGACCUGAAGCACAGCAGCCUGCGGUAUGAGCUCCGGGCAGAUCUGGAGGAAGAAAGAAUACGGCAGAAGAUAGCAGAAAGGACCUCGGAAGAAACAAUACGGAUUUACUCUUUGAGACUGUUUUUGAACUGCAUUGUUCUGGCUGUUUUAGCUGCAUGCUUUUAUGCAAUUUAUAGAGCAACGAUAUUCUCACAAGAGCACAUGAAAAAAGAAAUUGACAAGAUGGUUUUUGGAGAGAACCUUUUGAUAUUGUACCUGCCUUCUAUUGUGAUCACGCUGGCCAAUUUUAUCACCCCAAUGAUCUUUGCCAAAAUCAUCCACUAUGAGGAUUAUUCCCCAGGCUUUGAGAUCCGGCUGACAAUCCUUAGGUGUGUGUUCAUGCGCCUGGCCACCAUCUGUGUGCUGGUAUUCACCCUGGGCUCCAAGAUUACAUCCUGUGAUAACUACUCCUGUGAGCUCUGUGGCUACAACCAGAAACUCUACCCGUGCUGGGAGACCCAAGUUGGACAGGAAAUGUACAAGCUGAUGAUCUUCGACCUCAUCAUCAUCUUGGCCGUGACGCUUUUUGUGGAUUUUCCUAGAAAGCUCCUGGUGACCUACUGUUCCUCUUGGAAACUGGUUCAGUGCUGGGGACAGCAGGAAUUUGCCAUUCCUGAUAACGUUCUGGGGAUUGUUUAUGGGCAAACCAUUUGCUGGAUUGGAGCCUUUUUCUCCCCUCUUCUCCCUGCAAUUGCAACCUUGAAACUCAUUAUCAUCUUUUAUGUGAAAGAGAUAAGUCUUCUUUACACCUGCCGGCCCUCCCCAAGGCAGUUCAGAGCAUCCAAUUCUAAUUUCUUCUUCCUGUUGGUGUUGCUGAUAGGGCUGUGUUUGGCAAUAAUACCUCUGACGAUCAGCAUGGCACGCGUCCCUUCCUCAAAAGCCUGUGGGCCGUUCACCAACUUCAACACCACCUGGGAGGUGGUCCCCAAGACAGUGAGCACCUUUCCCAGGUCACUGCAGUCCCUGGUCCAUGGCAUCACCUCGGAAGCCUUUGCAGUGCCUUUCUUCAUGAUCAUCUGCCUCAUUAUGUUUUAUUUCAUCGCCCUUGCCGGAGCACACAAGCGGGUGGUGGUCCAGCUCCGAGAGCAGCUGUCCCUGGAAAGUCGUGACAAGCGUUAUCUAAUUCAGAAACUAACGGAAGCCCAGAGGGAUAUGAAGAACCGUCUAGACUGGCAGUGAGGAUCCUACUGCAUGUUGCUCAGAAGCUGACCUGCUGAGCCUACAGAGUCCACCUGGGUUUGGAGCAGAGAUUUUAAAAUAUAUUUUUCUGGAGUUGAGGUUUUUCCUGAAAGUAGCUCCAUAUUAUGCAGCUGCAGUGGCUAUAACCCACCCCUAAUGUAACCCAGCCCCUCAUUUUAGUGUCUUAGAAAGACCAGGUUCAAACCUGGUUUGCCUAUAGACCAGCAGCUUGGUGACUCCCCCACAAAACUAACUUACUUAGCCGUUUAGGCUGAUAGAACAAAAUUUGAGGAGGAGAGCCCUUUUAUGUUUUUCAAAGUGCAUUUGUGUUGUCUUUUACAGUUAAUUGUGGGAGUCAUCCGUUCAUGAGACUGGGCUUGUUCUUUUGAACCAGGUUCUGGAGUUUUAGGCUGAGAAGUGUUCCUUAAGAAGUAGUAAUCCUUUUUAAAUGGUUCCGAGACCUGAUUUUUUUUUUUUCAUGAAGAGAAAUCCUUGAAUUCAGAUGUUUGAAACGGAUGGUGGAAACAUGGAGAGGGUGGCUGUAUAAGUCCAGUUACCUGGUAGUAAUAUGAGAGAGAAGGUACCCAGCUUCCUCUCUGUGUGAAGCCAUCCCUGCUGUGUGAAUAAGGUUAAGUUUGGGGAGGAGGGGAAUGCUGUGGAUUGGGGGCCUUGAUGUCUUAGUUCCUGGGUAUUUUGUUGCUGCCUUAUUACUCGGGGGUGGGGAGGUGCUCGGGGUUGGGGGGGAGCUGUCUCUAAGGUGCUGGGUAUCCAUAGGUCUUGAGUUCCCUUCUGGUCCUGAGUUCUGAGACUUAGCAGAGGGCCCUGGGUAUCAAAAUUAAGAGGCAAAGCUUGUCUUUCAAGUCUUCCAAAUGCCAUUUUCCUUCCUGCACUGAGGUCCCCAUUUCUCAUGGACACUUCACAUUUCAGAGCCAGGCUGGAAAGGGCAGUUGAGUGUGUGCAUGGAGCACAGGGGGCCAUGGUUUAUGUGCGUAAGUGUUUGAGGAUCACGGGUUGCAGCAUCAGACCAGCCUGUGCAAGUGUCCCAGAGGACACUGAAUGCUGGCAUCUGCAAUGCCGUAUGUUCAGGGCUAUUGUUUCCUUGUGCCUAAAAUUUUAAGUUUUAUUUUACAUGAUAGGCAGAGUACCGCUUAAGAUUUCCGUUACAGCAAAAACCACAUGCAAUAAAUACCUCAUCAUAAACUUACAUGGAAUUGAUAGCUCUGAACCUUUUAAUAAGCCUAAAUUAUGGUUUCACGUAAUCAGUUUGUGUCUUAAUUAUCUUCAGAAUCUUUUUUAAAGUACUGAGUUUUGUAACAGACCAUCAGAGCCUUUCUUCUGUUGUUUUCCUUCCUUUCACAGGCUCUAAACCUUUCCUCAGGAGUAACCUGGAGUUUAAAGCUGGGUACCUGUUUUGGAAAGCCGUGCUCUGCUAAGAGUAUUCCCAUCCCCACCCCCAACCCGCCAUUACUCAAAACGAUGGACCCCUUGCUCUGAGGAGCAAAGUAUGCUUUCCAUAGUUUACACGUUUCUAUAUAUUUGUCCCUUUGCCAGAUCAUUUUCUUGCUGUUCCCCAAAGUUACCAUUAACAUGUGAUACUUUUGUACCUGUGAGACAAAUGAGCUUUUCUGGCUAAUAACUAGUAUCACAGAAUUUUGAGUAACCAAAAGUUCACUCUAUCCUCACUUGAAAAAAAUUCUAAUUGUUGGUAUUUUUACCUACUGCACUUAUUUAUAUGUUUUUGCUUUCACCAUGCUUCUGAGAACAGUCAAGUUUGUGUGUGUGUGUAUGUGUGCGCGUGUGUGUGCACAUGUGUGUGUACAUAUGUAAGUGUGUGAGAUGGAAACUCCAUUUUCUUUCCCUGUUAUAAAAUUGAUACUGAAGUAUGCUAAUAUAUUCAUUUUGGUUAAAUGCUGCUGAUUUGCAUACCUCUUACUUGAAUGUUUUUAUAUAUUUUGAUAACUUUAAUAACUUCAAGUGAUGUCUGUAUAAUUGUUGAAGUACAGGUCUAACAAAUGUGCCUUAAAACUACUGAUUAAACAGUGUCUUGAAGGUUUUAAAA